AUGGCGGCAGGAGCAGAAAACGCCACAGUUCGAGAGCAUCAGGUGGAGGCUGCAAGCGGGGCGGGGGCUGCUCCCGGAGGCGGCGGGAUCUCGGGGCGCGAGGUGGGGGGCCCCGGGAGGGCCCUCGGCCCUGGCCAUGAGGACGAUCCGCUGGAGACGGGGAGAGGGCCCCGCGCCGCCCAGGAUUCCCAAGUCCCUCCGGGCGCGGAGGCCCGGGAUUCCCGGGCGGGGCCGGAGGCGGGGCGGCGGCAGGAAGAGGCCGGAGCGCGCUCGGAGCAGCCUGGGCGGUGGAGCCAGGAGCCCGCGGCGCCCGGAGACCGGCUGCGGCACGUCCUGGGCGGCCCCGGGGAGGCGGCGGCCGGGCCGGAGGCCGAGCAGUUCCCGGAGAGCUCGGAGCUGGAGGACGACGACGCCGAGGGCCUGUCCUCCCGCCUUAGCGGCACCCUGAGCUUCACCAGCGCCGAGGAUGAGGACAACGACAACGACGACGACGAGGAGGAGGAGGCUGGCCCCGACCCCCUGGCUCCCGGGGACGCGGCGUCGGGAGAAGACGCAGACCGAAGCCCCCCGCCAGAUGGGCCGCGGGGCAGUCAGCUCCUGACCCGCCAGCUGCAGGAUUUCUGGAAGAAGUCUCGGAACACCCUAGUCCCCCAGCGGCUGCUUUUCGAGGUGACCAGCGCCAGCGUGGUCAAGGACCCACCCUCCAAGUACGUGCUCUACACCCUCGCCGUGAUGGGCCCAGGGCCUGCUGACCGCCAGCCGGCCCAGAUCUCCCGCCGCUACUCGGACUUUGAGCAGCUGCACCGAAGCCUGCAGCGCCAGUUCCGGGGCCCCAUGGCCGCCAUCUCCUUCCCUCGGAAGCGCCUGCGCCGGAACUUCACAGCAGAGACCAUUGCCAGGCGCAGCCGGGCCUUCGAGCAGUUUCUGGGCCACCUGCAGGCAGUGCCCGAGCUGCGGCAUGCCCAGGCCCUGCAGGACUUCUUCGUGCUGCCCGAGCUGCGGCGGGCACAGAGCCUCACCUGCACGGGCCUCUACCGGGAGGCACUGGCGCUCUGGGCCAAUGCCUGGCAGCUGCAGACCCAGCUGAGUACCUCCUCUGGCCCAGACCGCCCCCUGCUCACCCUGGCUGGGCUGGCUGUGUGCCACCAGGAGCUGGAGAACCCCGGGGAGGCCCAGGCCUGCUGCGAGCGGGCCCUGCAGGUGCUGGGGGACGGAAACCCUCACCCUUUGCUGGCGCCCUUCCUGGAGGCACAUGUCCGGCUCUCCUGGCGACUGGGCCUGGACAAACGGCAGACAGAGGCCCGGCUCCAGGCCCUGCAGGAGUCAGGCCUCACCCCCAUGCCGCCCCCCAGUCUCAAAGAGCUGCUUAUCAAGGAGGUGCUGGACUAA